AUGAAGAACAUAAUCAUUCUUGGUGGCUCCUUCGCGGGAAUCAGCACCGCACACCGCAUUCUCAAACAAUCUGCAAAGACCGGCCCUGUCAAGAUUACUAUCGUCUCCCCGAAUACCCACUUCUACUGGAACGUCGCCGCCCCGCGUGCCAUCCUCCCGGGUCAGAUCGGCGACGACAAGGUCUUUCUGCCCAUUGCGGCUGGUUUCAAACAGUACAAGGACAGUCAAUAUGAGAUCAUCACGGGGGUCGCCCAGAGUCUCGACUUCGAGGCCAAGACGGUGAAUGUCGUCGACGAGACCGGCGAACGGACACUCGAUUACGACUACUUGAUUAUUGCGACCGGCUCGCGCACCGCAGGAGAGAAUCCUUUCAAGACACUCGGCACGACUGAGAAGACUCGAGACGCUCUGCACGAUUACCAGGAGCAAGUGAAGGAGGCUAAAACGAUCGUUAUCGGCGGCGCCGGGCCCACGGGCGUUGAGACGGUUGGCGAACUGGCAUUCGAGUAUGGGAAACAAAAGCGAACCAUCCUGCUCACUACUGCCACCCGAGUCCUCGACACCGCCAUCCCCAGCGUCUCCAAAGUCGCAACCGACAUCCUCAAGCGCCUCAAUGUCGAGGUGCAAUUCUCCACGAAAGUCGCCUCCUCGACGCCCACUUCCUCCGGCCAGCUCGAACUCACCCUCUCCACGGGCGAAAAGAUAGUCGCCGACAUGUACAUUCCCACGUACGGUGUGCUGCCGAACAGCUCUUACAUCCCCGCCUCGUAUCUCAACGACAAGGGCUUCGUGAAAGUGGACAAGCAGUUCCGGGUGAGCGGGCAAAACAACGUCUUUGCGAUCGGGGAUGUGUCGGAUCUCGAACCCCCGCAGCUUAUGUUUGUCGACAAGCAGUCGACUCAUUUGGUGAAGAAUCUCGUCUUGGUGCUCGGGGGGAAGGAGCCGGUGGAUUAUAAACCGGGACCGAAAGGCAUGGGUCUCCAGAUCGGCCGCAAAACCGGAACCGGGCACCUGGAGAACUUCAAAAUCCCGGGCCUCCUGGUGCAUAUGCUCCGCAAGAACUUGUUUCUGGAUAAGGUCCCGCAGUUGGUGGAUGGGUCUGGUGUUUGA